AUGGUUUGUUCAGCUAGUCAAUGUAUAUGUGCUCAAAAAUCAACUUGUUCAUGUGGUUCAAGACCAGCAUUACAAUGUAAUUGUGAAAGACAAAAUAUUGAAAAUAAAUUACCUGAUUUAGAAGAUGCUUGUUCUUGUGGUAAAAGAUUAAAAAAUGAAUGUACUUGUGGUAUGAAAUCUAUUUGUGAUGGUCAUAGAGAUGAAGAAAUUGAUUUUACUGAAUUAAAAUAA